AUGUCGAGCGACGACUUAAAGAACACCGCUGCCGUGUGGGGUGGCGACGAGAGCAGCUCUAUCAGACGAAGAUCAUCUUCGCCAGCAUCACGCCCGCAGCAACCCAGCUCAAUAGACGAUGCGACGCCCUCAGAAGCGCCACCAUCAUACACACCCAACAACACCACCAGUCCCAGACCCAUAGCAUCCUCCUCGCGCCAAAUCCGCCCACCACUCAACCCGCUCCACGAACUCUCGCGUGUCGCAAAUAUACCCUUUCAGCACUACUCCAUUCCCGCAUCCAAACAAUCGCCUGACGGCACCACCAUCACUACAACCCACGACCAAUUCCUUACCCGCCCAGACUCCCUCGCCACCCUCCUAACCCAACAAGCCGCUCUCCCACCCAAACCGACCCUACGCAUAACCGGCACUCACAAAGCCGCACACACCGGCGACCUCACCACAGACUUCGACCUAACUUUCUCCCUCCUCACCCUCCUCGACCUCCAAACCACUCCCACCGGCGACCCAACUGGCUCCCGCCUCCGCUUCACCACCCCACCCCCACGACAAGCCUCCUCCCAACUUUUCAACAACCCCAAACGCUCCUCUCAAACCCAACAAGACACCGAAGUGAAACAGUGGGCUCGCCAUUUCUGCACAAAUUCCGCCUCGGAGAAUCGCUCCUUCACCUUGACCCGCAUCAUCCUGGACUUCCACCCGACCAUCACGCGCCUACUCGAAGGCCACAUCCGCACCCUCCUCGCCUCGCUCAAAUACCGCGGCAAAGUCGACGUCUCAUUCCCCGUCGAGAACUCCACCGUCACGGUCCAUAGGCAGCCGGGCAAUUGGUUCGUGAGCAUGUUGCGCCUGUACCCGGAGAAGAAGUAUGAGGUUGCGGAGGCGGUCUGGGAUGUUGGUGACUCUACUUCGGAUGGAGGAGAUGAUGGAAGCCAAGGGAAGAGGGAGGCGGAGAGAUGGUGGCGGGCUUGGGAGGGCGUGGUGAGGAAUGCGGUCCUAAAGAAGGAGAAGGGCAAGAUUGGGGUGGAGGACUGGAUUGGGUGGAAGAUGGGCGGAGAUGCGCCUGCGAGGGUGAUGGAGUGGGGUGGUGAUGGGAUGAGUGAGUAUUGGGAGCGAUGA